UCCGGGGAGCGAGAGGCCAUGAAGAUGACAGAGGAAAACAACAAUCCAAACUCCACAAUAUCAAUUGAAGAUGUUCAAAAUCUUGUCAAAAAGAAAGAUCAAAUAGAAGAACAAAUUAAAGCCUAUUACGAUAUGCUUGAAGAUCAAGGUGUCGGAAUGGAAAGUCCUUUGGUUGACAGAGAAGGUUAUCCUCGUGCAGAUGUUGAUGUGUACCAGGUUCGAACGGCAAGGCACAGUAUCUCUUGUUUGCAGAAUGACCACAAAGCCAUAAUGGUCGAAAUCGAGGAAGCGCUUCACAAGCUACAUGCUGCAGAGAAAGCCAAGCGGGAACGGGACCAGGUGGAGGCCCAGGCAGAGGCUAUGGAGCAGGAAGUCAGUCUGCCUCCUCCCUUUGCCAGGGUGGACACUGUCACACAGGGCUCCCCUGCUAGCCAGUCUGGUCUACGAGUUGGUGAUGAAAUAAUUGAGUUUGGCUCUGUCAACACAGGGAACUUCCAGAGCCUUCAGAAUAUUGCAUCCGUGGUACAGCACAGUGAAGGGAAACCCUUGAGUAUAACAGUGAUUCGCAGUGGUCAGAAAGUCCACCUGGGCCUGACCCCACAGCGAUGGUCAGGAAGAGGUCUGCUGGGCUGCAACAUUGUGCCUCUUCGGAGAUGACAAAGAUCACAUGAACAACAGGAUUUGACCGAAGACCAUCAGGGGAACAUCUCUGGAUUCUCAGCGUGACAAUUAUUGGGUUGCUUUUGAGGGAAAAGCUCCAUCAUGGAAAUCUUAUUGCUUUGCAAUUGGAUUAUGAUGUAUUGCACUACACUUUGUUUAAAGUGCUUACCUUGUGUAAGAUGCUGGUAUUCUGAUGUGCCACUUGUCACUCGAGGAUAAUGGUGUGACAAAUGAAAUGUUUUGGGUGAUAUAAAAAAACAGGUUUGGUGUUCUACUCUGAAGGCUCAUGCCAAGCUUGUACAGAAGAGUAAACUCUAUUGGCAAAAUAAAUCAAAUAAAUUUCACCUCUAAAAUGUCAUCGCUAAAAUGUCUUUUUUCAUCCUUAAUAUUUAUCGGAACAAAGUCAAAUGAGGCUGGAACAUUG